CUCGGCCGCGGAGGCCGGGAAGGCGAGGGCGGGAGGCGCGCGGGCCCCCGCAAGCCACCCUUACGGCCGGCCUGGGAUUGCUGCUGUGCGGCUGGGAGCUGCUGUGUGGUACGGCCAGCCUACGGAAUCGUUAGCCGGCCCAGGAAACAGGGCAGCAUCAGGGACAACGGAGCACCCUCUCGUUAUCAUCAGGUGUCAUCUUGGUGGUCUUUAGGCGUCCCGGCAGGAUGGCUGGCAUGGUGCUGGGAGUGGGUGCUGGCGUGUUCCUCCUCGCCCUGAUCUGGGUCUUGGUGCUGCUGCUGUGUGUGCUGUUGUCCAGAGCCUCUGGGAUAGCUAGGUUCUCCAUCGUCUUUGUCUUCCUCGGUGCUCUGAUCAUUACUAUAGUUCUGCUGCUUUUCCCUCGCGCCAGUGAACUCCCAGCCCCAGAGGUCGAGAUGAAGAUUGUGGAUGCCUUUUUCAUCGGCCGCUAUGCCCUGCUGGCUUUUCUCAGCGCCAUCUUUCUUGGAGGCCUCUUCUUGGUUCUUACUCAACAUGUGCUGGAACCAAUCUAUGCCAAACCACUGCGGUCCUGCUGAGCGCAGUAAUGGAAACGGAAUGUUUUGAUGCCAUGGAUGAGCACAGAGGCUCUCUCUGGAGGCUCAAUGACAGCCUUCGUGUUUUCAACCAGAGGAAUGACCAUUUGUCACCAAGACAAACCUCUUGAGCCCUGCCUUCCAAGAACUCAGUAGCAAAACAGACUCCAUGGGUGUAGAUGGUCACUGUCUGAAGAUGGAUACGACGGUCUGUUUAGUGCCCACGCUCUGGGAUUCCUGUCUGUUUUGAAUGGAAAGUAGUGACAGUGAUCUGCUUGGGAUAGAUGUUCAGUCAAGCCGUCAGUAGUGCAUUUAAGGAGAUGGAGUUUUAGGCUCUGUCCACCAACAGAAGAACCUGGUCCCUUUUGAUAACGUGUAAGUUAUAAGUUCUUAGUUGAGUGAUUGGAACCACUCAGACACGAAAGGUUGCUGUAAUGUAACAGCUCAGAAGGUGUGUCAGGCAGCGGUUACUGACCACUCCUUAUGUAAUUCCACAGAGCUCUGUAAAGGCAGUGAGUGGCACUUGCCUGAGUUCCAAUAAAACCAUAAACAACUA